CUGCUACACAACAGCUGCCUACUGUGGACAAGCUAAUCUAACGGUGGUGUACCCGUUGGCACCUUACCGAUCGUCCCAUACAACGCGCCUAUCACCCAGAAUCACGUUGAACACCAAGGCCGGCGACACUUGCGAGAGACCCAGUCAGCGAAAUCAUCCUAUGGGCAAUUCCAUCCGCUACGCAACGUCGUCGUUCAAGAUGACAUUGACAUGCGCCUUUUGUUGGAAGACCCCUUCUUUCUCCUAGCAAGUCUGCUCACUACUGUGGCCUUGUCGUUUGUCCAACUCUUGAAUUACCUCUCAGAAAACAUUGCCGAAUAUCGCACCAUCAACACCGAACUACUCAACGUAAAGCUAGAACGCCUGCGACAUUCUGUAUCCAUCCAUCGGAUCGAGCUAUCGCUCACAGAAAACCUACAUUGGAUCCAACAAGGCUGCUGUGUCGAGUGGCCCAAGGCAGCUUCCGCAGAAACGUCAUCGCGCAAGGCGCUGCUACAGCGGAAACUUCACGAAGACCACGAGCAUUUGCUGCAGAGAUGCUCGAUCAUGCGACGCGACUGCGAGUCAGCUGCCUCGCUUCUCCUAAGCUACUCCCAGCUCAUGUGUGCCGAGCAGGGGAUUUCGCAAGCUGACGAAGUCCAUCGUCUUACAAAAUUGGCAUAUUUCUUUGUUCCCUUGGGGUUUGUCACGUCGGCAUUCGGUAUGAAUAUCAAGGAGCUCCAGAAAUUUCCCUCAUUGUGCGUGUUUGCUAUUGCUGCGGUAAGCAUCUCGUCGGUAAGCUUUGCAGCAAUGUACUGGUCCUCGUUGGGUACGAAGAAAAAAAUAGAUUCCCGAAGUUAAAGACUCCACACUACGUAGAAUUGUUAGGUUUUCCAGGAACUUGAUGUAAGGAAGACAGGUGCAGGUGUAU